AUGGGACAGCAGUUCACCAAUGCUGAAGGGGAGCAAGGAGAGAUUGAUGUUGCAGAGCUGCAGGAAUGGUAUAAGAAAUUUGUGGUGGAAUGUCCCAGUGGGACCCUCUUCAUGCACGAGUUCAAGCGGUUCUUCGGGGUCCAGGACAACCAGGAAGCAGCAGAGUAUGUGGAGAACAUGUUCAGGGCUUUUGACAAGAACGGGGAUAACACCAUUGAUUUUCUGGAAUACGUAGCUGCCUUGAAUCUCGUUUUACGGGGAAAACUGGAGCACAAGCUGAGGUGGACGUUCAAAGUGUAUGACAAGGAUGGGAACGGCUGCAUAGAUAAACCUGAGCUGCUGGAAAUCGUUGAGUCUAUCUACAGGCUGAAGAAGGUGUGCUGGUCGGACGUGGAGGACAGGACCCCGCUGCUGACACCGGAGGAGGUGGUGGACAGGAUAUUUCAGCUGGUGGAUGAGAACGGGGAUGGGCAGCUGUCUCUUGACGAGUUCAUUGAUGGAGCCAGGAAGGACAAGUGGGUGAUGAAGAUGUUGCAAAUGGAUGUGAACCCCGGGGGAUGGAUCACUGAGCAGAGGAGAAAGAGUGCUUUGUUCUGAGAGAUUGGGGUCUGACACAGCUGAAAUGGUGAUGCUGAGUCCCGAGUGUGACCCUUCCUCUAGCCUGGUAGCGACUUUCCUUUUUAAUUCGAUCUCAGCAUCCAGAUGAAAACCGGAGUGGUUUAAGGAGUCAUCUCUGAUGUAAAACCCACGUGCUGAGCCCUGC